GCUGCGAGGGUUGCGGGCAGCGCCACCUUGAGCUCUGUUUUCAGUACUUUGGGGGGGAGAGAGAAAGAGAUAGAUAGAGAGAGAGAGAUAGAGAGAGGAGGAAGACGAGGUGUUGCGGUGUCAGAUUAAGGAGUGGUGCAACCCCUUCCUCCAGUACCUUCUCGGCCUCGAUCGCAUCUCGCCGCCUUCCGAAACCCGACAUUUUUGGUUUGAGAGAGCACAUCGAGGGGGAUCGUUUGAUGAUCAGGGGCAGCUACGUAGUGCGCGGCAAUCCUCGUCGAUUCCAUUUCCACCGCUUCCUGCUACGAUCUCAUCCUCAAUUUUGGAUGUUACUCCCCAACUUAUGGCUCGGAAUUUCUCUAUUGUCUUCUGUUCCCGCGGCUCCUUGUCACUCUUUGGCGUUAUCUUCCUAUUCCUCGGAUUGUUCAGAUUUGGAUUAGGGUUUCUGGCUCUCGAUUCGGAAUCAGGAGGCCCUGAUAGGGGUUGCGUUGCAGGUGAAUUGAUGAAGAAGCGGUUUCUUGAUGUUCACCCCGUAGAAGAAAGGGUGGUCGUUCUCGCUGACGAUGCGUUGAGGGUUUGCAAAACUACGGCACGCCGGUGCGAUGGCCUCCCUGAAGGUGAAGGGAAAGAGCAUGGUAGAGGCGCCGCCACCACCUCAGGCUUGGUUUCUAGUAUUGCAGUGAGGAGGUGGAGGCUCGGUGGCGGUUCAUGGAUGCAGCAUUGCUUGAUGAAUCUGUGUUGCAAGUGAUGGGCAGGGAUGCUCUUGUAUAGAGGAUUGUGAAGCUUGAGAAAGAGGCUACCGUUUUCCUCUUUUUUUGGCAUAAGCUGAGUUCAAGGUUAUACGAGAGUGCUAUAAUUGCCCUUAAUAUAGUGGUCCUGAAAUGGUUAUGCAUUCUUUUAUAGAGAGAAAGUAAUGCAAGAGAAUCUUCUGGUUGACAGUCACUGUUAUGGGCCAGAGACAAUGGCAAAAAUGUUGAUAAAUUGAAGAUUCGUUUGGCUUUAUCCAAUGAGCUUGUACAAGAGAUUGUUUUGUGUUCAACAGCAACAACAAAACCGUCUUCUAUUGGUCGAGAAAAAGGAGACAGUUGCUAUGUGUGAAGAAGUCAGACAAGUUUUGGCAGAGGUAAAUACUUCAUCGGAGAAGUUGUUUGAAGUGAUGCUGCCCACUCAGUGUUUGGUCAGACUAAAGGACUUAGAAUAGGAGGCUAUCAACAACCUGCUGGAGGUGAAUUACUGAUGGAAGAUGGUGACGGAGAAGGGACUUGUCAAUUGGACUGAGAUGUUGAACCUGCAUCAAGUUAUGUCAUGUGGAAAACAGCUACAGAAAAUGUCAUGGAAGUUUAUGAGAUAUUCCAGAAACUUGUUCAGUGUUAGGUGGAGGAGGUCCAUGCUCCUGCGGAGAGCAACAAUAAUGAUAUUUCUGGGAAGUUGGUCGGUUCAAUGAGCACAGUGGAGAAGAUGGGUUUGUGGUAGAUGAGGCAGCUGCAGCAGAAAUAGAAGCUGCGGCUCCUGAUGUUGGAUGGAGUGAAGACGAUGACGAUGAUGAAGAAGACUAUAGUGACCACAAUGUUUUGGACGUUCUUCUCAACAUGAUAAUAGAGCUGCUCCUAUGUCCACAUUGUUAAUAGAGCUCUCUUUUAGUUUUCAUGGGAUGGGUAUCAGUCAUGUAGGUAAUGCUCUUUAUCGACUAGUUCUUUUGUGAAUGCAUGAGAGUGACGUAUCCAUGCUUCCACCUUGAGAACAUGGUUCUUUCUACUCUAAAGCCAAGGGAAUGCUUCAUUCGGUUCUUGUCACUGUUAUACAUCUAAUGUAUAGUUGACAUUAUGUUCGGAAAAUCUUUGGAAGCUAGUCUUGGAUUUGGUUGCAUCUGAAGUCAUACAUGCUUACGUACCCCGAAGUUCUUCUAAAUAACAGAACAAAACCACCGCAUAGAGCAGAGGAGCUGCCAACAUAUAAAAGCCGGCAUGGAUGGGGACUGGUCGUGAAGAAGAGGCGUGGAGUGGGUUCGUCUUGGCUUCUUUCUCUAGGGCGCGGUUGGAAAGGGGGGAGGGAGGGAAGGUGGGGUGGUCCAGAGGACCAGAUCUCAAUGCGUCACUAAUGACUCCGGCCGGGAUACUGCAUCUUCCAAGUGCUACUGGUGGGUGGCCCUCCAUCUCUGUCAUCUUCCUCAAGCUCACACAUGCAGCGUCACAGCAAGGCAUGAGUUGUGUUCUCCGAGAUGGAAUUAGCUGUCUUCUCCCUUACUGCAGCAGUACUUCUUGUUCGCUAUCUUAAACCUCAUCUUCUGACUACCGUUUUAGUUCCUGCUUGAUGAAGCCAAGCCCCAAGUCCAAGGUCAGUUCAGCCAUUGUGAGCCACGUAGCCUGGGUGGCCAAGCUUCAGAACAAGAGGGUAUGUUCGCUGUCACUCGAUGCUGCCAUGAGGCAGGAGCAUGUUGAAAUAACAUUCUAAAUAUGGGAUCUCACCGGAUGUCAAGUAUAAAGAUCGAGUAGUGCAGAUGAAGUGUUGACUUGGGAUUCUACCAGUGAAAUGCCCGGUAGACUAGGAUUAGGCGGCAGCAGGAAGUACUCCUACCUCUGUAAGACAAAGGCGUGGCCUUUCUAGGCCUGGAAACAUAGCUUUAUUGUAGCUUCUCAUUACACCUCUUCAACGCCGUGCCUGCCCCUAGUUCGGUGGAGCUUCUCCCUCUCUCUGUUUCUCAGCUGCAGUGAAGCUUGUCAAGGUCGCAGCAGAGCAACAUCCUUGUAGGAUAUCCAUUCCAAUCAAUUACGUUACCCUGUCCACGUGAGCUGGUAAGACUGAAUAAUGAACCAAUUUUAUGUGCAGAAUUCAGCAUUUUGUUAGAUUUAGUUCUUCUACGUACUUAUUUUUGGAGCACAGUAGGGAAGAAACAAUGAGGAGAGGAGGGCCAAAUGGAUGAUGGGCUUCCUCUGCAUGUAAUUUCAUGCAGGCACAUGCAUCGAGGAUGGUCCCCAUCCAAGACACAAAAGCCUGUGCCUAAUCCUCUCCGUUUCCUUCCCCCCACAUGCCCGCCCUCCGUAUCCUCCUCCAACUUGAAUGCAAUGGUUAAAAAGUAGAACACGAAAGAGGGCUGUAAAACACAACCCAAGUACACUUAUUACAGGCGGUCUUGCACAUCCGUUCUUUCCCAUUGUUGUCAUUGCCAUCAUUACCCACCCUCGACAUCCUCCAGCAAUAAAUGUCAACGUUAGAUCUUCCUGCUCUUCGUCAGUCCUCCCCACAGUGAACCUUCUCUAACCUGUGAUCCUGAACAGUUUGAGGACCUACCCACUCUCCUUAUUGCCAUGCUCUGGUUUAUCUCCUUUGGAUUUGGUUUUGGGGGUCGCAUCGGUUCUAGGAAGGUUGUCAGCAUUAGUUCCCUUCUUUCUUUGGUAGCUGAAUCAAAGUCUGAGAAAAGAAGCCACCCUUGGAUCCUUUUCCUUUAGUCAUACAUAUAUUUCUUUUGUUUAGCUCACUUUUUGGAUUUUGUGGUAGUUAAAGCCUUGCACAUCCCACUUCCAUAUCUCCUGCUCUUUGUUCCUUUUCUUGAUAGCCCGAGUGCUGCUUUCUCUGGGAACAUUUGGUGUUGCUUCUGGCAAUGCGAAGUUAUUGGGUCCACGACAUGAGAAGCUCUGCUCCUUCUCGACCCGUCAGAUCUCAAAUGGAUAGUCUUUCGGCGUCUGUCUUUUGAUUUGUGAGGCCGUGUUUCGUUUUCCUGUAGAGCCUUUGAAUUUUUUGAUGUCCAGAUUAAUGAUGAGGGAGAUCACUUCUGCGUGGGCUUUUCUCCUACUACCACUACUCAUCUUUCAUGCAUCAUCCGAACCAGAAAGCUCCACUGCUCGAAUGGAGAAGGCAGAGCAACAAGCCCUGUAUUUGGUGAUCCAAGACUUGGUCGGCAACUGGUGGAAUGGCACAGCACUUUAUCCAGACCCUUGCGGCUGGACUCCGAUUCAGGGAGUAUCAUGCGAUCUUUUUGAUGGUUUAUGGUACGUCACAGCACUAGGUAUCGGACCCGUCCUCGAGAAUUCCCUCCAAUGCGCGGAGGAAGCGAAGCUGAGUCCACUGCUUUUCCAGCUCGAGCAUCUCAGAAGCCUCUCCUUGUUCAACUGUUUCUCCUCUCAUCGACCCACUGCCGUUCCAUCAAGCAGCAAGUGGGAGAAGCUAGCUGGAAGCUUGCAAACCCUGGAGUUCCGCUCGAAUCGAGGCCUCGUCGGAGAAAUCCCAGCCAACCUUGGCCACCUCAGUAACCUACAGUCCCUUGUGCUGGUCGACAACUCUUUGGCUGGAGAGCUACCAGUGGAGCUUGGCAACUUAGUCCACCUGAAGCGGCUCAUGCUCUCCGGGAAUAAGUUCUCCGGCCAAUUCCCAGCUUCUCUUUGCCACAACCUGACCGAGCUUUUGAUCCUCGACCUCAGCAGCAACUCCCUGUCCGGUUCCCUUCCUCCCUCUCUCUGCAGUCUCAGUUCACUCUUAAAGCUUGAUCUCAGCAACAACCAGUUCCAUGGAAGCCUUCCACCAGAGCUCGCAAGUCUCACCCACCUCACUCUGCUGGACCUCAGGAGCAACAACUUCUCCGGUGCUUGGUUUAGAUCUCUUGCUGGCAUGGCGUCGCUUCAGGAUUUGCUUCUGUCCUACAACCCAUGGGGUGGGAGUCUCGUGGAGCUGGAGUGGGAGGCGCUGAGGAAUCUCACGACGUUGGACCUCUCACAUAUGGGCUUAACGGGGACGAUUCCCGAAGCAAUUGCGAGCUUGAAGAGAUUGAGAUACCUGGCGCUGGAUAACAACCACCUCUCCGGCAGCGUCUCCUCUGGAUUUGCAGCUUUGCCUUCUCUUACUGCUCUCUAUCUCAGCGGCAACAACCUGACAGGGAAACUCGAGUUCUCCCAAGAGUUCUAUCAGAGGAUGGGGAAGAGGUUUGCUUGUUGGAACAACCCAAACCUCUGUUACGACGCUGCUGUGUCCAUGGCCACGGGAGACGUCCUUUAUGGUGUGGCGCAGUGCAAGCAAGAUAAGGAGGCGGCUUCAUCUAACUACGAGGCCGAUCCCUUCGCAACGGUAGACAGGAGGAAUCCAGAUCACAGUUCUGGUUUGGUGGCCUCCUUUUGGUUUCCUGCUGCUUCGACCGGUGGAGUUUGGUGGGGAAUUGCUGUUGAGGAGGUAGUCAGCAUGGUUCUUUUCGCCAUGAUCUUGUAAGAUGGAUUCCCAAACCUGCAUAAAUAGUUCGAUACAACAUCUUCUCUUUCUGUUCUGUGACUGCUUAAUGUAUUUUGGUAGAAUGUUAGGUUAUAGUUGGCAAACUAUUACCGAAAUGUAUGGACGCUCAGCUCACCGAGCACUAGUCGGAUGGCAGUUACCCAAAAUAAAAUUUCCGGCCUCGAAUGGUUCUUAUACGUA